UGUACUACAUUUGUAUGUUACUGCGCGAGCGUUUAUUAUAGUUUAUGAUUAUAGAAUGUACUACAUUUGUAUGUUACUGCGCGAGCGUUUAUUAUAGUUUAUGAUUAUAGAAUGUACUACAUUUGUAUGUUACUGCGCGAGCGUUUAUUAUAGUUGAUGAUUAUAGAAUGUACUACAUUUGUAUGUUACUGCGCGAGCGUUUAUUAUAGUUUAUAGUUACGUAAUGUACUACAUUUGUAUGUUACUGCGCGAGCGUUUAUUAUAGUUUAUGAUUAUAGAAUGUACUACAUUUGUAUGUUACUGCGCGAGCGUUAAAACAGUCAAUGACUUAGGAACUGCUUCUAUUGUAUGUUACUGCACAAGCGUUACUGUCAGUUGAUGGAUAACGGAAUUUACUUCCUUUGAAUAUUACUGAGUUACUGAAACAACUUUAGUUACAUCAUUUGACAUACAGAAUUUAUUGUUUUUUUUUCUUGUUUUGUUUCUACAACGAAUUUUAUUAAUGACUUACAUGAUGACAUGGCUAUUUAACUUUUGUAUGCUAAGCAAAAGGUGAUUUUUUAAAACAUAAUGUUAGAGCACGAGUUCUUUACCCUGUCUAGUAAUUGUUACUAACUAUCGGUGAGGGUUAAUUCUUAUUUCUGUGACAAACAGUGUGGCCUUGGACAUUGUUUGGCUAAUCACUGUGAUAUUUGUGUUGUGUCUGGAACUCAUUAUAUAAAUAAAAUAACUGACCCCUACUCGGGCAUUUAUGCACAUCAAACGAUGCACGUGGAUUUUAUCUGUACCCGGACAAUUGUGACCGAUAGUGUAGAGGUGUCGUUACCUGGUCCAAGGCCGGUCGGUAACUGGCGGCCGGACAAUCCGGACGGUUCGGGGUAUAUAUAUACCCCGUCGGGAAGUACCAAACACGUCUCACCAGGCACAUCCACACUCCUCAACAUCUCGACAUGGCCAGCACUCUCGUCUUCCUUGUAGUGGCGAUUUUCAGCGUUACUUCCGGUCAGAUAAUUAGUUGGGGCAAAUGUCCAGAUGUUCCGCUGAAGAAGUAUUUUGAUAUGAACAAAUACGGGGGUGUUUGGUACGAGCAGGCAAGUUACCCCGCCGCCUGGUACAACUCGGCCUCGUCCUGUGGACACUCCUCCUUCACAUUAACGGACGACCGAUCCGUACAUAUCACUACCGGGGGUCUGGACGGAUCAGGUGAAGCCUUCACGUUUACAGGGUCGGCAAGUAUUCCGGACAACAAGGAACCAGCCAGGCUCCAGCUACGCUACUCUAGAUGGUCAACACAUGACUACCAAGUGAUCGCUACUGAUUACAAAUCCUUCUCCUUGGUGUACGCAUGCUCCAACUAUGUUUUCUUCCGGUCAGAGAGGGUGUGGUUGUUGACAAGACAGCCAAGACAAAUAAAUGCCAAGACCAAGAAACGAGCGUACAAAAUCCUGCGUACCUACGGGAUGGAUAGUGAACCUCUCACUACCACGUGGGGUGAUCAGUGUCAAUAAGACACACAAGGUCAGGGUCAAUAUUAAAGACGACGAUUAGUUAUACAGGAUUAUAAUCAAAGCCAGUGAUUUUCCGUCUUCGAGGAUGGAAUGUUGAUUGUACAUGAUUUUCUGUAUGUUGCCGUCCUCACCUUAACAUUCUGUGUGUGUCAGUGUGGGUGACGACCACAUCGUGAUUACAAAGAAAUAAUAAAAAAAAAUAGAAUGAUA